AUGGAUUUUCAAGGCAACAAAGCCAUCAGUGUACCAAAUAUCGGUUCCUGUACUUCAACCCAAACUUCACUAAAUCUCUCAAAUGGCAGUGGCUCUGUAACCAACAUGGACCCAUCGAGUAUAGAAACCGCAAGGCCAGGUUCGAAUAUUACAGGACCAUCGAGUUCUGGUCUUCCACCAUUGUUUGAAACAGAUUCAAAUCCUGAAGCUACUCAGUGUCCAAACCAAAACAAAACAAAUGAAUUCAUUCCUCCACCAAGGUUCAUCGUACAGGACCAUCCUGAAGCUUAUAAUAAUCGAUAUGAAAUGGAGAGUGAGUCUGAAAAUGAAGAUGAAUAUGACGACAAUCAGACUUACAAUGGCUAUCCUGGUGGAGAGUCUUUGAUAAACCCAUCACCACAACAUAUCCCACAACAAGAAAAUCAUACCGUUACUUCAUCUAUUACUAUAGGGUUACAAAAAAACGGUUAUUACGACGAAGGGGAUCCAGUUUGGAAUUGUAGGUUUUGUCAAGCAUACAUGUGGUAUGGUGAAAGAAUUGGAAAACGCCGUCGUAGCAAGAAACCUGUCUUCUCAAUGUGUUGUAAACAUGGAAAAGUUGUGCUUCCUCGCCUCGCGAAUCCUCCAAUGGAGUUAAUGUAUUUGUUAUGCAAAGGAGACAAAUUAAGUAAACAUUAUCGAGAGUUUAUACGAGCUUACAAUAUGAUGUUCUCUUUCACAUCACUUGGGGGGAAGAUAGAUCAUUCUAUUAACAAUGGUCGUGGACCAUUUGUUUUUCGAAUGUCCGGUGAGAACUAUCAUCUUAUUGGUGAUAUAGGUCCCGAGCCUGGACAAGCUCCAAAAUUCUCCCAGCUGUAUAUCAUUGAUACUUUAAAUGAGAUAAAAAAUAGACUUGACGCUUAUGCCGGGUCGGACGGAGCUAGCGCUAAGAAACUAAGAGAACCACUUGUUCUUCUUCUGCAGAAUAUGUUAGAUCAGUAUAAUCCUCAUGUUAAGGCUUUUAGAUAUGCAAGAGAUAGGUUCGACGUGGAAGGAUCAACAGGUUAUAGGAUGAGGUUGAUUGAAAGUCGGCAAUCUGAUGGACGGACCCAUAAUCUGCCCACUGCAAAUGAAGUUGCUGCUUUGAUACCUGGAGAUUUUGUUUUAAAUAUGGAGCCCCGAGAUAUUGUUCUAGAGAGUACAAGUGGAAAGUUGCAAAGGAUAAGUGAAUUACAUCCGGCGUAUUUGCCUCUGCAGUAUCCACUAUUGUUUCCAUAUGGAGAAGAUGGUUUUCGAUUAAAUAUUCCAAUUGGUUUUGAAGACACGGCUGGGAGAAAACGCAAAAAUGUAACUAUGCGUGAAUACUUUGCAUUUCGCAUUUUAGAGAGGAAGGGGGAAGCACCCACGAUUACGAGAUCCGGAAGAUUGUUUCAUCAGUUCCUUGUGGACGCCUACACAAUGAUAGAAUCGAGUAGACUGCGUUACUUAUGGCUGAAUCAGAAAAAACUCCGGUCAGUUAGUUAUGAUGCAAUCCAAAAGGCAGCUGCAAAAGGCGGAGCUAAGAUGGCUGAGCAAGGGAGCCGAAUUUUCAUCCCAGCAACUUUCACCGGAGGAAAACAUUAUAUGAAGCAGCAUUACUACGAUGCCAUGGCUUUGUGCAAGUACUAUGAAUUUCCAGAUCUUUUCAUCACUUUUACGUGCAAUCCAAAAUGGCCUGAAGUUACAAGGUAUCUGAAACAAUAUAACCUUACCACCGAAGACAGACCUGAAAUUUUGUGUAGAGUUUUCAAGAUGAAACUCGAUAAUCUUAUUGAGUUUUUGACAAACAAGGACGGCUCCUUAUUUGGCCCAGUUUCUGCAGUAAUGUACACGAUUGAGUUUCAGAAAAGAGGAAUGCCACACGCUCAUAUUCUCGUCUUCAUGCAAAAUGGAGCCAAAUUUCCAACAGCUGAUCAUAUAGACACUAUUAUAUCGGCUGAGAUACCUGACAAGACGGUAGAUCCAGACCUGUAUGCAAUCGUUGGGGAUUGUAUGAUGCAUGGUCCUUGCGGUCCAGCAAAGAAGGAUAAUGUAUGUAUGGUUAACGGUAAAUGCUCUAAGAUGUUUCCGAAACGACUGAACAUCAGGACAUCGAUUGACGCAAAUGGAUUUCCAGCUUACAUGCGUCGUAUUGAUGGUAGGUUCAUUGAGAAAAAUGGAAUCAGAUUAGACAAUGGAUAUGUUGUACCUUACAAUAGAAACCUCAUGCUUAGAUAUCACGCGCAUAUGAAUGUCGAGUGGUGCAUCCAAACGCGUGCUGUUAAGUAUCUUUUCAAAUAUAUCCAUAAGGGACCUGAUUAUGCUUCAGCUGCAAUGGAUAAAGAAGAUGAAGAUGGCGUCAUCGACGAAAUCAAAACAUAUUACGACUGCAGAUAUAUAACUGCAUGCGAGUCAUCGUGGCGGGUUCUUGCUUUUCCUACACAUUUUCGUACUACUUCUGUAGAGAAACUUGGAUUUCAUCUCCCUGAUCAGGAGCUGGUGUUUUUUUGA